UUGCCCUGGGACCGUGCGUUGGUGUGGUCCCCGGUGCCACUCAGGCUCCUGGCUGUGCUGGGCACCAUGCAUUAGUGCCAUCCAAGCUCCCAGCUGUGCUCUGCUGCCCAUGGAGCCAGACCGGCUCCAGUAGCACGGUGCUGGUGCAUCACUGCCCACGGGACCCCACGCGUCUGGCGCCUGCCCUGCUGCUGCUACCAUCACGUCGUAGCCCCGUCGGCGGCUCGGCCCCGGGGCUGGCCAGAACGGGGCGAAUCAAUGAAUUCCCCAAACGGGGAGGGCCGGGGGUGGGGAGAGUGUCCCGGCACAGGAAAAGCUCCUGGCAGCGGCUCUCGGUGGGCAGAGCGGAGCCGGCCGCCCCGACAGCACAGCCCCAUGCGCAGCCCCGGCUCCUCGCACCCAGCUCUGCCACCCGCCGUGGUCCCUGCCGUCACCCCAUGUUCCGCUCACGCCGCGCCGGGCUGGUGAGGCGGCUGUGGCGGCAGCGCUGCGCAGCGGCCGGCCCCGAGGAGGGUCCCGGUGCCCUCAAACCGGCGGCUCACGCCCUCUUCAAGAAGCUGAAGGACGAAGAGCUGGAGCUGCUGGUGCAGGCGGUGGAGAGCCGGGGGGCUUGGGAGUCCAGCUGCGUCUGGGCGCCACGGGGGGCCAAACAGGCGCUGCCCCCCCAGGUCCUGCUCUGCCGACUCUACCGCUGGCCCGACCUGCGCCAGCCCCAUGAGCUGAAGCCCCUCUGCUACUGCGCGGGGGGCCGAGGGGGCUGCGGGGAGGUGGCCGCGCUCUGCUGUAACCCUCACCACUUCAGCCGCCUGGCUGCUCCCGAGACCCCACCACCCCCCUACUCCAAGGCGUCCUGUGGUCCCUUCUGGCCAGAUGUGCCCCAGCACCCGGGCACCCAGCUCCUGGAGUUCAGCUGCAAUGGUGGGGACUGGCACGACACCAGCCUCUCGUGGAGCACCGUUAAGGACGGCUGCUGGUGUAAACUGGCUUACUGGGAGCACCGGACACGCGUGGGUCGCCUCUACGCCGUGCACGAGGCGUCAGUGAACAUCUUCUGCGAGCUGCCGAGGGGCAGUGGGUUCUGCCUGGGGCAGCUGCCAGCCGCCCACCGCAGCCGUGCCGUCCGGAGGGCACGGGGCAAGAUCGGCCGGGGGCUGCUGCUGAGCCGUGAGCCAGGUGGGGUCUGGGCCUACAACCGCAGCGAGCACCCCAUAUUCGUCAGCUCGCCCACCCUGGGGCCCCCCGGUGCCCGUGAGCUCACUGUGCUCAAGGUGCUGCCUGGCUACUCGGCCAAGGUGUUCGAUUACGAGCGGGCAGGGGGCGUGGGAGGCUGGCGGAUCCCUGGGGAGGGCCCCUGCGACCCCCAUUGUGUUCGCAUCAGCUUUGCCAAGGGCUGGGGGCCCUGCUACUCCCGGCAGUUCAUCACCUCCUGCCCAUGCUGGCUGGAGGUCCUGCUGAACCGGCCGCGCUGAGGGGCUGGUGGGGAGGGGGAGGUGCCAGGGAGCCUCCCCGCCCCCCAAAACACCUACAAGGGGAGGGGGGGGCCCACAAUCCUGGAGGGGGGGGGCUCUCUGCUGUCCCUCAGCCCCUCUCUUCUAGGGCUGUGCUGCAGCAGAGUUGUCCUGGCCCAGUUAGACCCUCACUGGGACCCCCUAAGCCAGCUCCUGGGCAGUCUGGUGCCCCUCAUGCUGAGCUCCCAGCCCUGCCAGCACCCACUGCCCCUGGGCACAGCCUGUUGCUGAUGCAGGGCACUAUUUAAUCUCUUUCUCUCUGUGUAUUUUUUUAUUUUAAUGGUUAAAUUUAUUUUAAUUUAUAUUAUUUUUGUAGGAAAAGCCAAGCCUGAUGCAGGAGCCCCAGGCCCGGGGCAGGCAGGGUAGGGUAGGCAGGAGCUGGGCAGGUGUGCAGGGGGCAGGAGGCUGAAGGGGAAGGAAGAGAUGGAGCAGAGCCCAAGAGUAGUGGAGGGAAGAGGAGGUCAUGGCAGUCAGGGAGGAACUGGACUGGACUGGCACAGCAGGAGGUGUGGGGCCAGUGGGCACAGCUGGAAUAGGGGGGCAGGCUGGAACAGAUGGGCAAGUGUGUGGCAUGCUCUGGGGUAGGUAGGCACAGCUGGAGUGAGUGUGAAGCAGGUGAGCACAGCUGGAUGGAUGUGAGGCAGGUGCUGGGACAGGUGAGCACAGCUGGAGUGAGUGCGAGGCAGAGGCAGGGGCAGGUGAACACCCGUGGGAAGGGUGCAGGGGCUGGUGAGCACUCAGGUCUGUCUGCUGGGGGCAGAUCUUGGCCCGGGUCAGCAGCACCGGGACAGAGCUGUCAGGCGGGAGCUGAGCUUGGACCUGGCCCAGACCGGACACGGAGCCCAGUGCGGUGUCUCCUGUAACCGGUCCCCGGGCCGGGUCAUUCCAGGCCAUUCCAGCCACCGUGGCACCGCGGAGCUCCCCCCACGGGCGAACACAGCCGUGAAGGUCCCGGGGUGCCUGGGCUGUUAUUUAUAUCCCAAAUAAACGGUGCCACCGGCACCUAAGUCUC